GAGUUUGGUAAAUUAGGACCCUGGACAUUGGUGAGUAUAAAUGGUGGUGAUCGAACAGACUCCAGUCAUAGUACCACAAUCUUCAUCACACGAAAAACAACGAAAUAAUUUAAAUACAUAAAACAAACAUGAAGGUGGCAAUUUUAUUACUUGGAUUUUUUGCUGUUGCAUUAGGACAUCCACAAAGUACAUACACUACAAAAUAUGAUGGUGUUGAUAUUGAAAUGAUUCUUCGUAAUCCAAGAUUACUAAAUAAUUAUGUGAAUUGUCUCCUUGACAAAGGAAAAUGUACUCCUGAUGGAACAGAACUCAAAACUCUUCUUCCUGAUGCUAUUCUUUCUGAAUGCAGCAAAUGUAAUCCAAAACAAAAAGAAGGCAGUGAACGAGUCAUUACAUUCUUAGUCAAAGAGAAACCAGAUAUUUGGGCCAAACUUGCUGCUAAAUAUGAUCCACAAAAUACUUACAGAGUCAAGUUACAACAAGAAGCAGCUAAACGUGGAAUUACUCUUCCAUAAUAAUUUUUACAAUAAAUAAUACAACUAUAUUAAAUAAUAAUAUA